AUGGCAACAGUUGGCGACCACCUCCCGAGAAGGAAGUAUCCUCGCUCUCCUCGCUGACCGCCAUGGCCCAGGCUCCUCCUAAACGCCAGAAGACGUCUUCAAACGCCAGCAGGGAAGAAGAAUUCUUUCCAGGAAUCUCGCCCAUCCAGUACAACCCCGACGCCGCCCCCGAUGAGAGCCUCGUCUUCCGCCACUACGACGCCCAGCAGGAGGUCUUGGGCCGGACGAUGGAGGAAUGGCUGAGGUUCUCCGUGGCGUAUUGGCACUCGUUCCGUGGCACAGGCAGCGACCCGUUCGGCGCCGGCACCAUCAGGAGGCCCUGGGACGACGGCACCGAAUCGUUGGAGAAUGCCAAGCGGCGUCUUCGGGCUGCCUUCGAGUUCUUCUCCAAACUCGGCAACAAGUACUGGACCUUCCACGACCGCGACCUGGCUCCCGAAGGCGCUACGAUCGCGGAGACCAACGCCAACCUGGACCAGCUGGUGGAACUGGCGGCCGAGUUGCAGAAGAAGACGGGCGUCAAGCUGCUGUGGGCGACGUGCAAUCUCUUCGCUCAUCCUAGGUACAUGCACGGUGCCGCCACCAGCUGCGACGCCCACGUGACGGCCUACGCGGGCGCCCAGGUCAAGAAGGGGCUGGAGAUCGCCCACAGACUCGGGGCGGAGAACUUCGUGUUCUGGGGCGGCCGCGAGGGCUACCUCUCCCUGCUCAACACCGACGUCAAGGCGGAUCUGGAUCACCUCGCCGCGUUCUUCAGGAUGGUCAUUGUCUACAAGGAGAAGAUCGGCUUCAAGGGCCAGCUGCUGAUCGAGCCCAAGGCCAAGGAACCGACGCGCCACCAGUACGACUACGACGCCCAGACGGUCAUGUCCUUCCUCCACCAGUACGGGCUGACGCAGCACUUCAAGCUCAACAUCGAGCCCAACCACACCACGUUAGCCGGACACCCGCACGAGCACGACGUGGUCUUCGCGUCGGCGUACGGCAUGUUGGGAAGUAUCGAUGCCAACACAGGAUCGCCAGACUUGGGAUGGGACACCGACCAGUUCCCGAUGGACGUUCGUAACUGCACUGUUAUCAUGAAGACAGUGGUGGAACAGGGCGGCCUCGCACCCGGCGGCCUCAACUUCGACGCCAAAGUACGCCGCGAGUCGACCGAACUGAGGGACCUCUUCAUCGCCCACGCCGCCGCCAUGGACACCUUCGCGAGGGGCUUGAAAAACGCCGCCAGGAUCAUCUCCGACGGCGUCAUGAGGAAGUCGCUUAUGGCCAGAUACGCCUCGUGGAACUCGGGCGUGGGGGCGCGCAUUGCCGCAGGGGAGGCGUCUCUGGAGGAGUGCGAGAAGGUCAUCCUCGAGCGCGGGGACCCCAAGCCUUCGUCGGGACACCAGGAACACUUCGAGGCCAUGUUGAACCACUAUAUCUAAGGAGAUGGCGAAUGGAGGUUUCAAGUCCAUGGCACAUGAGAAGAAAAAAAAAAUAAUAAAAUAAAACAGCUUUUUUAAAACAGAGUUCAAAGUUCUUCUGGAUUUAUCUUUACCAGUUAAGAGCUUGAGUCAAAAUAAUAGCAAGAAAAUGAAGUCACAGGGGAAUCACUGCCAUAAAAUUACAAAAUGUGAAAUGCAGUUUGUAUGAAUUAUUUUUCAGGAAUUAAAGUGUUCUUGUAUAAAUAUGUUUAAAUAAAAUUAUAGAACAGAAA